AGUAGUUUGCAGCAAUUUUCACUUUGCACCAUCCAUACCGCUAAUGAAAAAAAAAAUUAGCGAUGGUCUUCCCAGCUCUAAAAAAAAUAUAUAGACUAUAUAGGCGGUAAUUUUCACUUUAACCUUUAUAUAUAUAGCAUUGCACUCAGUAAACCAUGUCCAGACCCAUGGCAAAGCCCAUGAGGGUUAAAACCACCGAGUCAUCCAAAAAGCAUACUUUCAGUUCAUUUAGGGAGAGGGUGGACUCCAUAAAGAUUGAACCUAGUUUGAAAUUAACCAAGAGAGCUUAUGAUGAUGCCGACUCAUCUCAUUUUAUAUCUACUUUAGAUCAUUGGAGAGAAGUAAAUUUGAGUGGUAACUUUACAGAAUUGGUAGAGAAGAUAGACAAUUAUUCACAAUCCUUACCACAAAUCAUAUAUCAUCAACAAAUUAUCUUUGAUUCAUUAUAUGAUAGUAUUCAAAAAAAUGAUAUUCAUUCUAUUCAACCAUUACUUGAAUUAUUAUCUCAAUUUAUUCAUGAUUUAGGUCCUGAUUUUAUGCCAUUUUAUGAAAGAUUUUUAAAUUUAUUAACAGAAAUAGCUUUAAAUACUGAUCCUAAUGAAGCUCAAAAUAGUAGAAAUUCUUCUAAUUCAUUAGAAUGGAUUUUUAAUUGUUUAACAUUUGCAUUUAAAUAUUUAUCAAGAUCUUUAGUAGAUGAUUUGAAACCAACUUUUCAAGUACUUUUACCGAUUUUGAAAUUAGAAAAGAAGACUUAUAUCUCAAGAUUUUGUGCAGAAGCAUUAUCAUUCCUUGUAAGAAAACUGAAAAUGGAGGCAUUUACUGAUAUAUUACAAUUUACCUUUAAUGAACAAUCAUCCACUAUUCUUGAUAAUGAAUCAUAUUGUGAUUCAUUAACCACACUUUUUAGUGAAUCAAUGAAAAACACUAAAGGAACCUUUCAUUCAAAAUCUUCCUCCAUUUUAUCUAAGAUUGUUGAAAAUGCUUUAAAUAAUCCUGACCUCGAAAUUCAAGCCAAAUAUAUUUCUAUAGUUUCCGAUAUCUUAUUGGAAGUAAUUAAUCAUGGAUCACCUGAAGCUUGUGAGAAAUUUUAUGAGUUAGUAGCUCAAUUUCUUGAAUCAGUUCUUAUAGAAACAGACUCCUUAGAUGCUGUUCUUUCGGUAGUUCUGUUGACAACUAUCUUAACAUUUGCUGAAUCUGGUAAAAAGGUUAAGGAUUGGAAUAUAAUAAUAAAAGUUAUAACUAGUUUAAUUGACAAAUUAAAUACUAAGUUGAUCAUUGAUGAUUCUGACCGUUCUAUUGUACUAAUGGAAGGUAUCGUAUAUUUAUUCACUAUCUUAUUCAGAAAUGCAUCCAUAUUAUCAUUAACUAAAUCUCAUAAGACAAUACUUGACUUUAUUUCAACCAUAGGUAAGGGUCAUUAUUUUUUAUUAUUUUCACAAACAUCAUUAUCUGUAAAUGAAGAAAGAAUGAUCAAUUUUGGUAUAACCAAUGCCAUUCAAGAUUUCAUUAAUAAAAUCGAUUUUAAUGACAUAAUCUUAUUACAGAAAUUAUCCCUAUUCUUAACUUAUUUGAAAUCAAACAGAAAUGGUAAUAUGGCAUCCAAUAUUAAUAUUCCAUUUGCAUUAAAAGAGUAUAUCAUGAAAGACCUUUCUGAAUUUUCAAGUAACCCUCAAGAAUUGUAUUGGAGAUUAUUGAUACUUAGACAUAAUGGAAAUAAUAAGGGAUCUGAUUCAAAGGUUCUCAUCAAUUUAAUAACCGAUUUACUUGCUGAGCAUCAAGAUAAUUCCUUUGCUCAUGAUAUUAUUGCCAUCACUUGUGAUGCUAUCUGUGAAAUGUUGGAUUCAGAAGAUAUUACUGUUCAAAAGGAUAUAUUUAAUCUUUUUGUUCAACAUUUUGAAAGAUUAAGUGAAUCAUCAGCUUUUAUUGCAAGCUUUGAUAAAUUCUUAAGUACAUUUUCAAUCAAUAUCAGUGAAUCCUUAAAGUCAAAUUAUACCUUUCUUGUUCUGAAAACUGCUGAUAAUGUGUGUUUACCAAGUAGUGUUUCUAGAUUAGCCGCUAAUGGACUUAUACUGACUAUUCAGUCAAUUGCCGAGAAGGAAGAAGUUAAGUUUUUAUCACAAAUGAAACUUAUUGAUCAGAUCCCUUUAACUAUUUCAACCGCUAGAGAUAUAUCACUUAGAAUAAGAAAUUUAUCAAAGGAAUUUAAAGGAUAUUCUGAUCCUUCUGAAUUUGAUCGUAAGCUUAUUACCAAUUUCUACUUUGGUUUAUUAUCUAAUAGAUUCCAACCAUGUUGGCAAGCAGUAUAUGAAUCUUUACCUGAAUUGGGUGAAUCAUGUUCCAAGAAUAUAUGGGAAUUAUCUUAUAAACUUAUCACUCUUGAUUAUAAACAAUCAUUUAUAUAUUAUUCAUCGAUAGAAGAAGAUUUCGGAAUUGAUAGUGAUUUAAUAAAUUGGCAACCCCAUAAUUCUCGUCUUAAAGAUAAUUUCAUUACGUUUGAAAACAGAUAUUUUGAUAAGUUUAGAAAUACUAAACGAUCAAUUUUAACGUAUGCUGAAGAUUCGAGAGAAAAGAAUAUCUAUAGUUCAUUAAUGAGAAGUCAAGUUCUAGAAGGUCUUUCCCAUAUUGCCUAUAUUGCUGAACAACAUUCAGAACCAUUAAUUAAAUUAUUAUUGAACAAUCAGGCUGAAGAUGGAGAAUCAGGUUCAACUUCUGAAGUAUCAUGGCCACUUAAGGAUAGAAAUGAACUUGUUAAAUUAUUCACAAAAUUCAAGCGUCUUCGUAAGGUUAAUAAUAGUUCCCAAAUUUAUGAUCAUUUCAUGAAAUUACUUGCAAAUAAACUGCCACCAGUUCAAAAGUUAGCAUUAGAGGCUCUCUUUAGUUGGGGUAUUCCUACUGUCAAUAAAUAUAGAGAUAACUUAAGGAACUUACUUGAUGAUUCUAUUUUUAAAGAUGAGCUUGCUAAUUUCAUUAAGAAUGAUGGAUCAGAUAGUUCAAUUGAAGAAGCUGAUAUUGAGAAAUUAAUGCCCUUUGUGUUAAGAAUUCUUUUUGGGAGAGUUCAAGGAUCUCCUCGAAGUAAUAGUAAAGCAGGAAAGAAAUUUGCUGUUAUAUCUGUAUUACCUAAUUUUUCUAAUGAAUGGAUUAUAGAAUUUAUUAAACUAGGAGCUGAUAAGAUUGGCUAUGAAAGUUACUUUACAGAUGAAACUUUACCCGAGUUUAAUAGUGCCAAUAUUAGAAGAAUUAGUGGGUUUAUUAACUUAUUAACUGAGAUAUAUGGUACUUUAGGAUCUCAAUAUAAUGAAGCUUUGAAGUUCUCAGUAGAACCUUUAGUAUUUUCAUUAGUUGUUGCUCAAAAGACAAUUGAUAUAGAGAAAGAUUCUGCAAAAGAUACAGAUACAGAUACUGAAACUGAAACUGACAUACAGAUAGAAUCAGUUGAAGUAAAUGUUAAUGAUGACAAAGCUGCUCGUAAUAUUAGACAAAUGGGUAUGAGAUGUUUAAAUGAUUUAUUCAAAUUAGUUGGAGAAAGAUAUGAUUGGAAUGAACAAAUGCCUAUUAUCUAUAAUAAUUUGAUUAAACCAAGACUUUCACACUUUGCUCAAGAAAAUUUACAACAAGUAUCUUCAUUAAUGAAGAUAAUAGUUAAUUGGAUUGAUAAUGAGAAUAGUAUUCCAUUCUUAUAUUUGGAUAAUCUUGCUCCAGUUAAUGCUAUUACUUCCUUAUUUGGAUCUAAGAAAGCUAAAGAAGUAGUAAUAUCAGAAGUAUUAGAGUUUUCUAUUAAAGCUCUUAAAAGGAAAGUUACUAAUGAUAAUUAUUUUACUUUAUUGGCAUUAAUUGUGGAUGCUUUAUUAAAACAUUUACCAAUUAUGAUAGAUAAUGUAUCUGAUCGUGAGACUACUUCUAAAGUAGUAAAUAUCUUAUUACUCUUAAUAGAUGGUGGAUAUAUUGAUGAAUCUAAUACAAAGGCUCAAUUAAUUAAAUCAUUAACUAAGGCUCUUGAAAAGCCUCAAGCACAAAUCACUACUGAAGAUAGAGCUAGUAUUAUAAUUGCUAUUUCAUCAUUGUUAAAUGACUAUGAUUGUACUUUUGAAGAUAUUCAAGAUUUAUAUACUUCAUGUUCUAAACUUUUCAGAUUACAUCCAGAAAGAAAAAUUAGAGAAACAUUAGUAGGAGUAUUUAAAAGUAUUGCCAUCAAGUUUGAUGAGUAUGAAGUAGUAGCUUCACUUCUUGAAGGAUUAAAUUCAUAUUCUCAAAAGAGAAUGCAAGAGUUAGAUUUUGAAAAGAGAAUAGAUAGCUUCAAUAAGAUUAAUGAAGAAUACUAUAAGAACUUGACACCAACUCAAUGGGUCCCACUUAUUUCUUGUGCAUUAUUCUUUAUUAAUGAUGCUUCAGAAUUAGUCAUAAGAACCAAUGCUGCUUAUCUCUUGAGAAGAUUUAUCGAUUGCUAUUCAGCUUUAGAUGAACAAGAAAAUGCUAUGCCAUAUAUUUCUAUGCUUAAGAAUUUUAUUUUACCUCAUAUUAGAAUUGGUCUUAGAAAGGAAAAUGAAGAUCUUCAAACUGAAUAUAUAUCUGUUUUAGAACAUAUUGUUGUUCAUUCACAAUAUUUUGAUGAAUUACAAGAUAUGAAAAUCCUUACAUUCCAUAAUGAUGAUGAAUCAAAUUUCUUUAAAAAUGUCAAUCAUAUUCAACUUCAUAGACGUCAAAGAGCUAUUAAGAGACUUCAAGAAUAUGGUCAUGAAUUAAAUGCAAGUUCUAUAUCUCAUUAUAUCUUACCAAUAAUUGAAAGAUAUGCAUUUUCAGAAGAUGAAAAGUUUAAGAAUAUUGCUAUUGAAACUAUAGAAACUAUUAAUUAUCUUAUUCGUUCAGUAACCUGGAAUCAUUAUAAGGCGGUAUUUAAAAGAUAUAUUAGUAAUUUAAAGAAUUCCAAACAAUCUCAAAUUAAAACUCAUGUUAAUAUGAUUGUUUCAGUUUCUAAGGGAUUCUUAGCAUCUAUUAAAGCUAAAGAAGAUCCUGAUAAGAUUGUAAGAAAUCUUCCUGGACUGCAAUUAGAUAUUGAUGACUUUAUAUUAAAAGAAAUAUUUCCUUCAAUUAUUAAGAUUUUGGUAAUUAGAAAUGAUGAAACAAUAGUGGCUAGAUCUCCACUUGCUGAAGCUUUGGCUAGUUUAAUUGUAUGUGUUUCAGAAAAUUUAAUUGAAUCUGAAUUACCAGGUAUUCUUACUAGUACUUGUCAAGUUAUGAGAUCUAGAUCUGAAGAAUUAAGAGAUGCUGUUCGUAAAACUUUAGGAAAUAUUUUAAAUUUAUUAGGUCCAAAAUAUUUAAGAUUUAUCUUAAAAGAAUUAAAGACAGCUUUAUCAAGAGGAUCUCAAAUUCAUGUAUUAAGUUAUACAGUUCAUUAUUUACUUGUAUCAAUUUCAAAUUCUUUAAGUCAUGGAGAUUUAGAUGAUUCUGUUGAUCUUAUAGUUGAAGUUAUUAUGGAAGAUAUCUUUGGUGCUGCUGGUCAAGAAAAGGAUGCUGAAGGUUAUACCAGUAAAAUGAAAGAAGUUAAAUUCAAGAAAAGUUUUGAUAGUGGAGAAAUAAUUAGUAGUAAUAUUCAUAUUACUUUAUUUGGUGAACUUAUUAAUCCAAUUAAAUUACUUUUACGUGAAAAUAUCUCUCUUAAGACUCAAAAUAAACUUGAUGAAUUAUUAAGAAGAUUUGCUUUAGGAUUAAAUCAUAAUGAUGAAGCUAGUUCUAAGGAUGUUCUUGUAUUAUGUUAUGAGAUUUAUAAACAAUCAAUUCCAUUAGAUUCUUCAAAACAAGAAGUUAAAAGAUCUGCAUCAGAAAACCAUUUCUUAGUCAAUUUGAAUGCUAAAACAAAUAAAUCACAUCUUAAUAGUCAACAAUUAACUAAUACAUUACAAAAAUUAAGUUUUGAAUUAUUAAGUACUGUCAUAUUAAGAACUGAAUCACUUUUAGUACCAAACUUACUUGUGGGAUUCAUACCUUUAUUAGAUGAAGGACUUAAAUCUGAUAAUGAAAGUGUAGUAAUUGCUUGUUUAAAGGCAUUAAAUAUCAUUAUUCGUCUUGAAUUCUCUGAUGAAGAGAAUGCUAUUUUCAAAUCAGCGAUAAGAAAAUCAUUAACAAUCAUUAAGGAUACUCCAUCAACAAAUUCAGAAAUAUCACAAGCAUCUCUUAAGUUUCUUGCAACAGCCCUUAGAAAUAAAUCAGAUGUUGGAUUAAAGGAUUCAGCUUUUUCAUAUGUUCUUAGUCGAAUUCUUCCUGAUUUAGAAGAACCAAAUAGACAAGGUUUGGCAUUUAAUUUUGUUAGAGCAAUAGUUUCACAACAUAUAAUGUUACCAGAAGUUUAUGAUACAAUGGAUAAAAUUUCAAAAAUUAUGGUAGUAAAUCAUUCGAAAGAAAUUAGAGAUAUGUCCAGAAGAAUAUAUUUUCAAUUUUUAAUGGAAUAUGAUCAAGGUAGAGGGAAAUUAGAGAAACAAUUUAAAUUCUUAGUAAACAAUUUAGGAUAUGCUACUGAAGCUGGUAGACUGUCAGUAAUGGAAUUAAUUCAUCUAAUUGUAUCCAAAGCAGGCUUGGAAUUGUUACAGAAGAUUUCCUCUUCUUUUUUUGUCGCCUUAUCCAAUGUGAUUGUUUCUGAUGAAUCCCCAAGAUGUAGAGAAAUGGCAAAUGCUUUAAUUUCUACUAUCAUUUCCAAGUUAGGAGAGGAAAAUUUAUCUGGAAUUGAAAAAUACUGCUCAGGUUGGAUGGUUCAAUCGAAUAAUAUGCUAUUAAAAAGAUGUGGGUUAAUCAUUUACAAACUUUACAUAAAUGCUAUUGGAUUUUCAACAAAUGUCUCAUUAGAUAAGGUAGCUCUUGAUAAUGUGUAUAAGAUAAUUGAAAUGUCAAGUGGAGAGAAUGAUACUCAAAUCGAAUGGGAACUUGUUUAUUCAUCAUUAUCAGUAUUUUCUGCAAUUUGUGGGAAAUUGAAAGAUGAUGUGUUUGGUAAAGAAUAUGAAAACAUUUGGAAGUCAAUCGUAAAUGUAUUAUUGUUUCCACAUGCUUGGGUUAGAUUAAUUUCUACUAGAUUAAUUGGAAUUUUAUUAACUGGAGUUGAUAAAUUAUCGUUUGAUUUAUCUAGUUAUACAAUUCAAACCAUUGCCUAUAGAUUACUAAGACAAAUUGUUGCACCCACUAUAACAGAAGAUCUUGGAUCACAAAUUAUCAAGAAUUUGGUGGUGAUUGCUUUGAAAUGGGAGAAUGAUAAAACCAAAUAUGAAAUAAAAGAGGAUAAUGAUGAUGAAAAGUUUGAUUCAGCCAAUGAUUUCCUUUUAAGUAGAAUUUGCUUUACAUUAAGGCAAGAAAGAACAUCAUCGGUUGCUAAAAAAUGUGGAAUCAAGUUCUUGGCAAUGUUUGCUCAAAUAAUAAGUGAAGAGAGACUAUUGAAAACAUCAGAAGAAAUUUUAUUGUCCUUAUAUAAUUUUACAGAAAUAAAUUCAUCCGAAGGAAGUGAUGAAGAAGAGAUCUCGAAUUUAACAUUAGAAUGUAUGAACUUAAUUGAAGAAAAGUUGGGUGUAUCUGCCUACACAAAAAUAUAUUCACAAGUUAAACUGAAAGUCAAUAUUAGAAGACAAGAAAGAAAGACUAAACGAGCACAAUUAGCUGUAAGUGCACCUGAUGUUGCAGCUAAAAGAAAGCUAAGAAAGCAUGAAAGAACAAGAGAAAAGAGAAAACACGAAAAGGAUGAAAACGGUUACUACCGUAGCAAAAAGAAAAGAUUUACAUAGAUAAUUUUACUUCAUAUAAUGUACAUAACAAAUAAUAAAUUUAAUCUAUUAA